CAUUUUUAAAGAUAAUAGUUCAUAUAAUGAUUCACCUUAUUUUAAGGCCGUUAUAUUGAAAACGAUUGUAUGAAAUGUUAAUAAUGAAAAAAUCAAAUUCGGAAUAAGAUCCAUAGCAUUUCAUCAGCAAGUCAAUAAUAAUUUUAUUCAUUGUCAAAAGAUCUACAAAAAUAAAAGAUAAUCUUCAAUUUUUUUUCUCAAAAAAAAAAAGGAAAAAACAAAAAAAAAAUAAACAGAGGUUUUACAUAAGAGAUAUAGAUAGAUAGAUAGAUACAGAAGAUUUGCUGCUGAGGGCGCCAUAGCUUUUUGGACAGGGCAAGAACAUUGAAUUUGAAAACCCCAGAGAUUGAAUUUUCAGCAGCAGAAGAUAUCAAGGAGUAAGAAAAGAUGGAAGAAGAUGGUUCUAGGUCAAUGCCAUCUACUCAAGAGCAGGAAGCAACACUUAAGAAAAAGUAUGGAGGAAUUGUGCCUAAGAAACCACCACUCAUCUCCAAGGAUCAUGAGAGGGCAUACUUUGAUUCGGCCGAUUGGGCUCUUGGGAAGCAAGGCGUAGAAAAGCCUAAAGGGCCUCUUGAGGCACUUCGGCCUAAGCUGCAGCCCACUCAGCAACAAACACGGUACCGUAAAUCUCCUUGUGCUCCAACAGAUGGUGAAGAUGGAGAAAAUGCUGCUUCUGAGGAACCAGCUUCUACUUAAAUGAGAACACACUGCAGCUUUUCUAUAUUGCUCAUUGUUAUUCGAUCUCUUUAAGAUAAAGUGUAAUGCUCUGUUGUUUUUACUUAGAAUAAGACUUUCACAAUUGACUGAAUUGCACAAUUAUGUGCUGAUGCUUCAAUCGUAAUUUCUCUUAGUUCCAUGGUUAUUUUUCUGAUGUGGAACAUUCUUAUAUGCAGUAGAGUAAUUACACUAUUCCUGGACUAAUCCAGUUAUUAUUGAUUUGAGAGAUUUACAUACAA